AUGGAUUAUUCGAAGUCGAAGGCAAGCCUGAUAGCUCAUAGCUCGCGCCGGCUCGAUUCCAUAGGGAUAAGGCCGACAUUGCUGAACUCCCAAGCCGCUUCCCGACCAUUCCGCCCUCUCCUCCAGGCUCCAGCACACGACAAUAUGGACACCGCCAUGGGUCCUCCUCCGCCCAGAAAACCCACCGCCGAACCCUUGCCCUCAACUUCUGAAAUGUCAACUGUGGUUACUGGAAUGGGUCCCCCACCUCCAAGAAUCCCUAACCAUCCGAAGUCCGGAACCGAACCAGAGCCCGAUUCAUUACAAUCUCAGCAAGAACCUCAACCAAUUUCUACUCAAACCGAUUCUGUACAGUCUGCUGAAAAUGCGGUUUUCUCUGGGGAUUCAGAAAACAGCGCAUUCGAGAAAAAACUAGGGCAGUGCCAUAAUAAUACGGCCGUGCCUUACACUAUUCCGGAGUGGAGCGGCGCUCCAUGUCAUAACUUCUUCAUUGAAGUCCUGAAGGAUGGUUCCACCAUUGAACAAUUCCACGUGAAUAAGAAGGGAGCCUACAUGUUCGGCCGGGUAGAUAUCUGUGACUUUACGCUCGAGCAUCCCACCAUUUCUCGGUUUCAUGCAGUUGUACAGUUCAAGAGCAAUGGAGAAGCAUAUCUCUAUGAUCUUGGUAGUACACACGGGACGUUUAUAAACAAGAAUCAGGUGAAGAAGAGGGUUUACGUUGAUUUGCAUGUUGGUGAUGUGAUCCGGUUUGGCCAAUCAUCUCGGUUGUACAUAUUCCAAGGACCUUCUGACUUGAUGCCACCGGAAGCUGACUUGAAGAGGAUAAGAAAUGCUAAAAUCCAACAAGACAUGAAGGAUAUGGAGGCAUCACUUCUUCGAGCCAAGGUGGAGGCUUCUCUUGCAGAUGGAGUUUCAUGGGGAAUGCGUGAGGAUGCUAUUGAGGAAAAUGAGGAUGAAGUUGAUGAAAUAACUUGGCAAACUUACAAGGGGGAACUAACAGAGAAGCAGGUGAAAACACGGGAAAAAGUUAUAAAAAGACUUGAGAAGAUUGCCCAUAUGAAGAAAGAGAUUGAUGCUAUUCGGGCCAAGGACAUUGCUCAAGGUGGGUUGACACAGGGACAACAAACUCAGAUUGCUCGAAAUGAACCGAGGAUAUCGCAGAUCGUGGAAGAGCUUGAAAAUUUGGAAGAGACUUUAAAUGAAAGUAUACGGGAAAGUAUAGGUGCAAGAGGUGGAAGGACAAAACAUAGUAAGAAAAAGGGAGCAAUGGAAGACGACGAUGGCGAAUAUAUGAGUGAUGAUGAUGAGUUCUAUGAUCGGACACAGAAACCCUCCAAGCAUAAAAGUAGUGAAAAUCAAUCAAUAGAAACUGCUGAUUCUCUUCUUGAUAAGAAGUAUGCCAUUGUUAAGGAAAUGGAAGAUAAGGAAAAAUUGCUUUGGGUUGAGGACAACAUGGCACAGACAAAUGAAGUCGCUGAAGCUGGAGAUGCACUUGAUGCAUACAUGACUGCAGUUUCAUCUCAGCUAGUUCUUGAUAAUAAAGAAAAGAUUAGCAAGGAGUUAUCAGUUCUCCAGUCGGAGUUGGAUAGGAUUCUCUACUUGCUGAAGAUUGCCGAUCCCUCAGGAGAAGCUGCUAGGAAAAGGGAAUCCAAAGCAAAGGAGCCAAAACCUAUUGUGAGCAAAAGCCCUGCUUCAGCUGCUUCAGAUUCACGCAAACACCCCUUAUCCAAAAAGAAUAAUAGUUUGGGAGCAGAAGGUUCAUCGGAUAGAUCCAGUCCAAAAAUGGGUAUUUGCGAUGAAGCGCCAGAAUCUGGCAAGAAGCCUGGAGAAUCGAAGUUGGUAACUAAUGAAACAAAAACUACUGUUAAUACGGAUCCAACCGACAAUGGUACUGCUAUAUAUACUAUUGCUAAACCCCAAUGGCUUGGUGCUGUAGAUGACAUAAAAAUUAAAAAGCAAGAAAUUGCACAAGAAGUCACAGUAGACAUGCAGGAUAAAGAUCAGUUUGUUGACUACAAAGAUAGAAAGAAUAUUCUGCAAAAUCCAGAUUCUGCUCAGGUUAACUCAGGAAUUGAAGAUGCGGCCCCUGGUCUAAUAAUAAGGAAGAGAAAGCAAGACGAGAAGUCCAAGGUUAGUGAAGUUGAAGAUUCUGAUAAACCCUUUAGGGCUGAGAUUAUAGCAGAAGAAUCUGUGGCUCUAUUAUUGAAAUAUUCAAGAACCAUCAAUGAAGAUGUGCCACUUGAGAGUCGAGUUGGGAAGGAUCAGAAAAAGUCUAAAAGAGUGGUGGGUCCCGAAAAACCAUCAUUUCUCAAUGAUGAACCUGACUAUGAUUCUUGGAUGCCCCCUGAAGGCCAAUCAGGUGAUGGACGUACCUCAUUGAAUGAUCAGUUUGGUUACUGA